UGAAGAUGAACGUUUUGAGCAGCCCGAUGCACCGAGCCCUCCGGGAACCCCAGUGCGCAGCCGCCUCGGCGCAAAACGCCACCUCCCGCCCCUCCGCAUUGGCCUCCCGCCUCGGCCCGCCGCCGGCACCGGGGGCUCCGGCCAGGGGGGGCUCCUCCAAGGCGGUCCGGGAACUGAGCGCGGAGGAGCAGCAGGAACUGAGGAGGAAGAUCAACAGCCGCGAAAGGAAGAGGAUGCAGGACCUCAACGUGGCCAUGGACGCCCUGAGGGAGGUCAUGGUGCCUUACGCCUCCUCCGCCCCCUCCUCGGCGCCGCCUCACCCGGCGGGCGCCCCGCCGGGACGCCGCCUGUCCAAGAUCUCCACGCUGGUGCUGGCGCGCAACUACAUCCUGCUGCUGGGCUCCUCCCUGCAAGAGAUGCGGCAGCUCUUGGGCGAGCUGAGCGCGGGGGCGGGGGCGGCGGCGGCGGCGAGCCCGCUCGCCGCCGCGCAGUGGGGCUUGGGGCCGGCCUCGGGGCCGCCCCUCUGCCUGUGCGGCGCGUGCAGGCUGCCCGGCUUCGGCCAGCCGGCCCCGCCCGCCAGGUUCCCGAAGUGA